AUGGCGUGCCGCCUGCCCUACCUCCUCCUCCUGGCCAGCCUCUUCCUGGCUGGCUGCCUGGCCGGCAAGUCGGGCGCCGGGUACGCUGGCGGCGUGCAGCCCGCCGAGGCCGCCGCUCAGCCCGCUCAGCCCACCCACCUGCCUGACACCGACAUCUCUCGCUGCAAGCACAUGCCCAAGCGGUCCCUGCCGGUGUGCGGCCAGAACGGGCAGAGCUAUGGAAGCCUGUAUGAGGCGUGCCUGGGGGGCACCACCCCCAGGUGCCGCAGCCAGUGCCCCUGCCCCGGCACCCCUCCCGCCUCCUGCCCCGGCUGCAAGAAUGUGGUGUGCCCCGCCAUCUACGAUCCUGUCUGCUGCAACGGCCGAACCUUCCCCAACUCCUGCCUGGCCGCCUGCUGCGGCUAUGAUGCUGCCGAGUGCACCCCAGGUGCCUGCCCCUCUCCUCCCACCAACCCACCCUCCUGCCCCGGCUGCAAGGAUAUACUGUGCCCAGCCAUCUACGAUCCUGUCUGCUGCAAUGGCAUCACCUUCUCCAACUCCUGCCUGGCCUCCUGCUGCGGCUACGACAGCGCGUGCACCCCAGGUGCCUGCCCGUCUCCCUGA